AUGAGCGCGCUCGCCAUCUUCCACCCCUCAUCCCCGAGCGCGCUCAUCGGCACCGCGGCGAACGCUAUCGCCGUCCCGAGCGUCGUGCCAACCGUCCCUAAAGCGAACGACGGCAACAGACUCGCCGACCCUCUGAGCACUCUUCUGACGUCCGCCGUGAGCAACAACAUCGGCACCGCUAACGGUAACAAGAAUCCGUUCACCACAUCGUACGUCGGCGACGCCGUCGGCAUCACGCCGACGUUCGCCGCGACGAGCGCGCACAGCGUCGAAACCAGAGGCGCCCCCCCCAACGCCGCGCCCCACGGCUUCUUCUCCGCCCACAACCCGAUCGCCGAGCACGCCAAGACCCCUGUCCACGUUCCCAGCGCGUCCGCGGGCGCGAUGAGCGCCCGCGCGACCGUCGCGGGCGCUCGAACUUUCGCACCACGCCUUCCCAGCGCGCGCGUCGAAGACGCUCGCGACGCGCGCGCGUCGCCGACGCGCCCGCGAUUCGCCGCGCGCGCGCGCGCGCGCAUGCCGCGUCCGAGCGCGCUCUCAACGCGGCGCGUCGACGCGGACGCGGCGCGCACUGACGAAGAACGAUGCCAGGCGUCACUCCUCGACGCCGAAAUGUCGAGCGUGCAACCCGCGGCGUCGCAAGCGCGCGUCUUCGUCGGCGUCGCCGUCGGGCUCGCGAUCGCGGCGAUCCCGUUCGCGUUUAAGGAGGUGCGGGGGCGGGAGCGAGCGGUGGCGGAUGCGCGGGACCGGGCGUACGAAGGACGGGACGACGCGAGAAACGCGCGGUUAUCGGCGAAGAAGCGGUAG